GGAACUCUACUGACCUGGGGGUUAACUGCUGCUGGGGCUGCAACAGCUAUAUUUAUCCGAGGAAACCAUAGAAUACUUCUUGAUAUCAGGGUUUGCUGGUGGAGUGAUGUUAGCCGCUAGUUACUGGUCACUUCUCGAACCUGCUCUUGAGAUGGCUGGAGGCUUGGAAACCUACGGAGCUGAGGGAGAGUGGGCUUUUGUUCCUGUAUCCAUAGGUUUUUUUCUAGGAGGUGUGUUUGUGUACGGAGCUGAUAUAUUAAUGGAUGUACUGGGAGUAUCAAGUCCUGUAGAUCUACUGAAGAAGGAUGAGAGCAAGGGAGAUAUAUAUAAUUCUAAUCAGGUAUAUUAUGAAGGAGAAGGGGGAGUAAGGAAAAGGAUCAAAAGAAAAGGAUCUCAGGAUAAUGAGGAGGGCUGGAGGGAGGAAGAUAAUGCUGAGGAGAACAUAAAUCCAGCUCAGUGGAGAAGAAUUUUACUUCUUAUAGUCGCCAUUACAGUGCAUAAUAUACCAGAAGGUCUGGCUGUGGGGGUUGGGUUUGGAGCAAUCGGCCGAACUAAAUCUGCAACUUUUGAAAGUGCCCGAAACCUUGCUAUUGGAAUUGGAAUCCAAAACUUCCCUGAGGGCUUAUCAGUUUCUUUACCUCUCAAGGCGGCUGGUUUCUCUAAUGCCAGAGCAAUAUGGUAUGGUCAACUCUCAGGAUUAGUAGAACCUGUAGCUGGAGUUUUAGGAGCUGCACUUGUGACUGUGAUAGUUCCUUUACUCCCCUACGCCUUGUCGUUUGCAGCUGGAGCCAUGGUUUACGUAGUCGUAGAUGAUAUCAUACCAGAGGCACAGUCUCAGGGUAACGGUAAAGCUGCCAGCUGGGGUGUGAUGGCUGGAUUCAUAAUAAUGAUGUCGCUAGAUGUCGCGCUUGGAUAAAACGAAUCCAUGUUGUUAUUUUUGUUAUUUGAUUUGGGUAAAAUCUAUUAUAUAUCUGUUUUCUUACACUUGAGGGCAUUGUGUGAAAAUACUGUGAUACAUGUUUAUUGUUUAUAAACUGAACUACCUUGUCACAAAUACGUAAUCAUUUUUUACUCGCGCAUCUUCUUUACCUCCACAUUGCACAGUGGGUAUAUGUUACCCAAAGUCACUUCUUCAGGGUAUGUUUCCUUAUAAAUAUAAAAACCCCAGAAGGGGAAAGAAAAUAUGAAACUCCUGUAAAAUACAUAAUCAAUGAAAUCUUAAAUACUUACAAUGUGAUUUAGGUCCAAAACUGCCUGCUAAAUGUUUGUAUGAUUUAAAAGCAUUUAUAAUUGUUAAAUUUUGUAAUGUACUUUUUCGGAACUUAACUAAUCAAAAUAUUAAGAUAAAAGUAAAUUUCAGAAAAA